UUAACCCUCCCACGCUGCCGGGGGGCUGGGGGUUAAUGAGUGACUGCCCUGGGGGUCAAGGGGCAGGAUUGCAUCCGCUGGCUCUGCCCCACGGGGGCGACCUUCACUCCCGGCCUGGCCGGAGAGCGGCUGUGAUGCUCGGGCACGGGGGGCGCUGGCUGCAGCGGGCGGGGGGGGCAGCUCCGGCCCCCCGGGGGGCAGCUCCGGCCCCCCGGGGGACCCAGCUCCGCUUCGACGGCGCCGUUCUGCAGCUGAAGAGCGGCUGGGAGCUGGCGCGGGGGCUGCUGGUCUUCAGGCUCUGCAGCCUGCCGGGGCUGGUGCGCCAGGCCCCCAGGCUGCUCUCUGUGUCCCGGUGGCUGCUGGGGCGCCGGCUCUGGGGCUCCCUGCUGCGCGCCUCUUUCUAUGGACAGUUUGUGGCAGGGCAGACACCCCCCGAGGUGGGGGUCACAGUGCAGCGCCUCCGCGCCUGGGGGCUGCGCCCCCUCCUGGCUGUGCCCAUCGAGGAGGAUGUGGGGCAGGACAAGGAAGGGGAGGGCUGGUACGAGGGGAACCGGGGGGCCAUGCUAGGCUGCGUAGGGCUCUCGGCCCAGGGGGGACCCCAGCCCAUGAUGCAGCUAAAGGUGACGGCCCUGAUGAGCGCCCGGCUCUGUAGGACGGUGUCGCUGCGGCUGGGGGAGCCGGGGGGGCUGUCGGAGCUGAGCAUGGACAGAGUCAUGGCAGUGAUGGGUGGAGAGGAGGCGAAUUUCUCCCACCUGAGCCCAGCCGAGAACCAGCACCUACAGGCCUCCCUACUGCGGCUGGACAGCGUCACCCAGCGAGCGGUGGAGGCGGGGGUGCGGGUGCUGGUGGACGCCGAGUUCACCUAUGUCAACCCUGCGCUGACGCUCGUCACCCUGGCGCUGAUGGGGCGUUGGAAUCGGGCCGAGCCCUGGGUGUGGAACACAUACCAGUGCUACCUGCAGGACUGCCUGGCGCGGCUCGGGGCGGACGUGGCGCUGGCUGAGCGCCGGGGCUUCUCUUUUGGAGUGAAGCUGGUGCGCGGGGCCUACUUGGAGCAGGAGCGGCGGCUGGCCCGGGAGGGGGGGUACCCUGACCCCCUGCACCCCACCUGGGAGGCCACCAACCACAGCUACCAGCGCUGCCUGGACCUGCUGCUGGAGCUGGUGGCACGGGAUGGGCAGCGGUGCCAGCUGAUCGUGGCCAGCCACAAUGAGAGCUCCGUGAGCCAUGCCCUCCACAGGAUGGAGGAGCUGGGCAUUGCCAGGGACAGAGGGGCCGUCUGCUUUGGGCAGCUGCUGGGCAUGUGUGACCACGUCUCCCUGGCCUUGGGCCAGGCGGGCUACGCCGUCUACAAGUCGGUGCCGUACGGGGCGGUGGAGGAGGUGCUGCCGUACCUGGUGCGCCGGGCCCAGGAGAACCAGAGCGUCCUGCAGGGCAUCCGCCGAGAGCGGGACCUGCUCCGCCGCGAGCUGUGGAGACGCCUGCUGCGCCGUCCCUGAGGAACCCAGGCGUCCGGGAGCACCGCUGCCCCCCCAACCCGUCCUGCUCCUAGUCUGAGGGAUUCUGGGAGAGGGGACUUGUGGCCCCAGCCAGGCUCUGGUGUUGGGGGGGGGCACUCCUGCCCAUAGCUCCCCUGCCCAGCAUGCCUCUGGCAGUGGGGACCCCGAAUGAUUCAGCUGGCACUGCCUGCCCAAUAAACCCGCGUGCCUCUCGGCCUGGCGUCUCCCUGCCAGAGCAGCGUUUAUUGACUGGGCUGGGGGGC